UAAAGUCACGUUAAAUCUAGCUUGAGUGUUCUUCCACCCGGUUGUAGUCUACGGGGAUUUGGGUGUCUUUAUUCGUCAAACCCGGGAAAGGUGAACUGUGAGCUCACCGAUAUACCAUGAAGUUGAACUACAGUGGAUUUUAAUGAUCUAUGGGCCGUAGGUCUGAGUAUUUGGCACAACGUCAAUGAACCCUUGCGUACAGAAGCCAUGCCCCACACGAGCUAAAAGCCAUAGGUCGCAGACGGUGUUUUUUACUCUGCGUGUUCAUCGAUAUCAGUUUCUCAGACACGUGGCGUUAACGCACGUCCGAUAGUCUCUUCGCGUUAAGUACUAUCGCCGAAGUGCUCUGAGUACGUCACUACAGCACAUUAACCUGUAUACUUGGCAAUAUCGCACGUUCUCAGUCACGAAACGCCAGCGCUGUACCGCACGGUGUGUACCGAGGUUUGGUUAUGAUCAUAGUUUCCUCCCCAGUCUUACCAUUUGCAGCCAUCGCCUGAGGAAACAUCAUGCUGUCUACUCUACUUCUUCUGUUUGUGUCCAUCUUCGCCGCACAUGCGCAGUGGCAGUGGCCUGGCUGGACCCCACCAUGUCCUACAAACUGCGACUGUUCACAAGACGAUAUCAUUGACUGUAAGGAGCGACAACUGACGUCCAUCCCGGCCAGACUGGGCGAGGGCAUCCAUCGUCUGAACACGGACAAGAUCCUGCUGCAGAACAACCAGAUCACUUCGGUGCAGAGAGACACGUUCGACGGAAUCCUGAACUUGAACGAGCUCCAUCUGGAACACAACUUCAUCACGACCAUCGAACCUGGAGCCUUCAGCGGAAUCAUUAACCUGGGCAAACUCUUCCUCAACGACAACCGCAUCGGGAGCCUCGGUCCAGGCACCUUCGGCGGCGUGGUCAACAUCAACUCCCUGUUCCUGCAGCAGAACGAGCUGCGAGGCUUCACCCUGGAUUCGCUGGACGGCGUGGUUAGUCUGGAGGAGCUGGAUCUCGGCAGUAACCAGUUGUCCAGGGUCCCUUCGUGGGGCGGUAAGAAUCCGGUAGAUUCCUGGCUGCCCUGGCAGAGUCUCCGGGCUCUGCAUCUCGACAACAACCCGCUUGAAGCAGUCAGCGAUCACGCGCUCGGACUGAGCUUUGGUUUGGAGGAGCUGUACAUCCAGAACAUGCCGAGGCUGAGGUCUGUCGGUCGGUUCGCCUUCCGCGGGCUGCCUUCCUUGACUGUCCUGCACCUCCACGGUAACCCCUACCUCUCCUCCCUCCCUGACGACCUGUCCCUGCAGCUGACAGAGCUCCACCAGUUCAGCUUGAGAAACAACUCCCUUAGCGCCUUGAGGCCAAGUGUUCUCUCAGGGUUGGACACUCUGUCCUAUCUCGAUGUCUCUCUGAAUCCCUGGCAGUGCGACUGUGGCACGGUCUGGCUCCAGACCUGGUCCCAGCCCACUGCCACUGGCCACAGUGGUUCUCUCAUUAACUUGGCUGAAACCACUUGUUCCACCCCUUCUGGUGCCAAUGGCCAGCUUCUGCAGGCUGUCAAUCUCGCUCAGUUCAGCCAAUCAGGACAAUGCGGCCCUGCUUCUGCCCCGCCCACCCUACCGCCUGAUUACCACACCACCUGCACGAACAACGUGUGCCUCAACAACGGCACCUGCCUGAUUGAUGCCAAAGGGCCCUACUGUCUCUGCAAGGAGAACUUCUUCGGCGAGUACUGUGAGAGGUGCAACGGGACCACGACUGUCAACCAGGGUUUUACCAACAUCGUUGGCAUCCAAAGCACCGGGCAGCAGUUUAUGAUGAAGCCUAUAGAGGGAUCUGCGGGCCUUGCUCAGACCUUCGUCGGGGGCAACGUCCAGACCUUCACAUUCGGUCCGCAGCCAGGUCGAGUCCAGGCAACGGAGGACACUCCGGUCUCUGGCUCGCUGUCUGUGUCUGGCUUUAUGGGAGGCUUUCAGUUGAUCUGUUUGCUUGUUGCGUCUGUGGUCAUGUUGGCGUGAGGUGAGAUCACGAUUUGACCGAC